AUGUACCCCAGCAACAAGAAGAAAAAGGUGUGGAGAGAGGAGAAAGAACGUUUGCUGAAGAUGACCGUAGAGGAGAGACGCAAAGAAUACCUAAGGGACUAUGUUCCCUUGAACACCAUCCCAUCAUGGAAAGAGGAGAUGAAGGGCAAGAGUCAAAAUGAUGAAGAAAAUACUCAGGAAACAUCACAGGUGAAGAAAAGUUUGAGUGAAGAAGUUUCUCUCUAUAGAGGUGACAUCACAUUGCUAGAGGUAGAUGCUAUAGUCAAUGCUGUUAACGUGCUAACUCUACAUGGUAUCCAUGCUAAGUUGAAACUAGGGUACUGGACCACUGGAAAAGUGACAUUGUUGGCAGAAAGUUCUUCAGAACGAACUUUAACAGCUGUAUUAUAG